UACAUACCCAAGUACCUCUCUUCCUUUCCCCCACGAAAUUCUAGGGUUUCACCCGACCUGCCCAAACGAUCCGCGAAACUCAGCAAUGGCGCUCGCGGCAGACUCCGCCGUCCUGGACCGCGACGAGAAGGGCAACCCUCGUGCGCUCCGCCUGUUCGCCUGGCUCGUGGAGGCCGAGUCUCUCUACUGCGCCGCCGCCGCCUCCCGGCCCGCCGAGACCGACCUCGUCAGGACCUUCCGUGGCGGCGCGACCCCGGACGUCCGGAUCGUCGACUUCCUGGAACUCAUCCAGCGCUACCUCCACUGCGAGGGAAGCAUCUACGUCCUCGCGGCGGCGCACCUGACCCGCUUCAUGCGUAGCUGCGCCGCCCGCGAGGCGGGGAUCCGGAUCGAGCCGUCCACGGCGCACCGCCUUGUGUCCGUGGCGCUCCUCGUCGCCGGCAAGUUCGCGAGCGCUCCGUACCUGCCCAAUAGCCAGAAGGUGCUCCCGGUGUGCUCGCGGCAGUCCAUCCGGCCGGCCGAGUUCGCCGCGCUCGAGCGGUCCUUCCUUCGCGCUAUCGACUACCGCCUAUUCGUCAGUGACGAGGAGUUCCUCAAGUUCUGCGGCCGCCUCGAGGACGCGCCGCGGCGCUGCAAGAAGAGGAAGGCGGCGCCGGUGGAGGAGCCCCGCCGUGUCCGCGCUUCGCCCGGCAUCACGGCCUCUUGAUCGAUCAGGUGGUUUCGUUACUCUUUCGAUUAUCCGCGUUCGAUUUCUUGUCCUACUCGAAUAUCUAGUUCGUUCUUUAUUUCUUUCUUUUGGAAUAUUCUCCUUCUGUCUUCGGUUUACUGCUUAUUUACAGGUUGAAGAUGGAGGGAGGCGCUGCUACACUCCACAGUAGCUGAUGGAGUCUAGUCGAUCGAUAAUACAGUUGCCUGAGGAGAUGAAGGGAUGUCGACUCCAUGUGCUGGUUGAGUCUGAGUCAGUCGAGUCAAUGUGAGUCGUUGAGUCGUGUCCGAGUCAGUCGAGUCAAUGUUGAGUCGUUGAGUCACCUAGUUGUGUCCGAGUCAGUCAAAUCAAUGUUGAGUCGUUGAGUCACCUAGUUGUGUCUGAGUCACUCGAGUCAAUGUUGAGUCGUUGAGUCACCUAGUUGUGUCUGAGUCAGUCGAGUCUAAACCAUAGUUUAAAAUAGCCGGCUAUUGGAAAUAGCGGCAGGAUUUCUUGCAGCUAUGAAAGGCUAUAGCCGAGCUAUAGCGGCUAAAUCAUCCAUUUAGCGGUUUUGCUAAUUCAUGGGAAAAAAAUCAAAAUUCAUAUAUAUCUCUAUCAACAAUUCACAAAUUUAAUAAUUUAUUGGCAUUAGGCAUAACAUAUUAACACGUUUACAUAAAAAGAUAUGAAUAAGACACAGUUCGGUUCACAUAUUACAACAUUAUAAGUAGCAACAAUUUCCAGUUUUCUUUUUUUCCUUUUCUUUCCAACUAUAUUUACAGCAUUAUAGCCUUAGCGGCUAUUUUUUACCUGUUUUUGGGGCUAAUAGCGGGUUUUUGAGGCUAAUAACGGAUUAUCCCGUCUUAGCCUUUGAAGGGCAUAGCUGUAGCGGCAGAUCCCUCCGGCCAGCUAUAGCCGGCUAUAGCCGGCUAUUUUAAACUUUGGUCUAAACACUUGUUUUGUCCCAAUUGUUUUGAAAAUAAUAGUCCAAGAC